UAAUACUAUUACCGAUACUAAAAAUACCUGAUUUUUUAUUAUUAUUAUUACCAUAAACUACCCAACAUUAUACAGAGCUGUUAAAAUCAACCACCUACGCAAUAACUUGAUUUAACAGGAAGCAUUCACAUCGGUGCGCUAAUUUUAUACUGUUGUCUUGCUGCUCAUGUCUCAGUAAAAUAUUUCAAAAAUAUUAUAAUUUCAAUAUAUCCCCCCUGGGGGACGAAUAAAGUGUUUUGAACUGAACAUGUGAUGGCUGUUGGCCAAAAAUGGGAUGUUUUAGCGAAAGGAGGAAAGAAGGCGAGAUCAUAACGGAUGCUUUUAUUUGCGUAAGCAGGCCGAAGAGGAGUCGUUUUGGGGAAGAGGUUACUGUAGGUGCAGAGGUUAAGAUCAUUCUUGUUCACACCACCAUGUGACCGCCGUUAUAUUGACUCGGCCCCGUUCCUGGACCAGCAUUUACACGCGAAUUCCACUUUGCGUAGCACCGCUUCACCGUCCUGACGGCGUUUUGUGCGAGUUCCGCUUCCAGAGCCGUCCGAGAUGUUCUGGUUCAUGCAGGGGCUCUGCUUUCUGCCAGCGUUUUUGGUCAGCUGGUCCUCCUGCACUUUCCUUAUUUCCUACAUUAUCGCGGUGUUCAGACAUGAUGUCGACGUGAUCUUUCCGUACAUAAGUGACACAGGUGCGACCCCCCCAGAGAGCUGCAUUUUCGGUCUGAUGACGUUCAUUUCUGCAUGCGCAGGUAUAGCCACCAUAUAUGCCAGGUUCAAGUUUGUGGAGAAGCUGAGUGAUGGAGCAGUGGUGAAGCGUCUCAAUAAAGCUGCUCUUGGGCUUGGGUUGAUCUCCUGUUUGGGGAUGUGUAUUGUUGCAUCCUUCCAGGAAACCACAGUGCCAAUCGGUCACGACAUAGGAGCUCUGCUGUUCUUUGUCACUGGUAUUGUUUAUAUAAUACUCCAGUCCAUCAUAACACAUUAUGCCUCCCCGCUUGGGUCCUCCAUAAGCGUGUUUCGGAUACGUUGUAUGAUUGCCGUCCUUGCUGCUUUGGCCUUGUUUCCCACCAUCAUCUGUGCGAUCUUCGUGAAGACAACUGAACUGCACAGACACAAAGAAGACGAGGACUAUCGCUUCCACAUAGUCAGCGCUGUAUGCGAGUGGAUUGUUGCCUUCAGCUUCAUCUUCUUCUUCUUCACAUACAUCCAUGAUUUCAAACUGUUUACCUUACGAGUGACAACAGAGUAUGAGGAAUAACGUUAGUCUCGGCCUCAAAGUGCCUGCAGAGUUUUGUAUGAAUAUCAGUAUUGUAAUAUAUACGUUUGAAAAUGUGCAGCAUUUUUUGGAUAUAAAACCAAUGCUCCUUUAUUUUUCUACAUGAGCAUUUUACACUGCAAGGCCUCUUUAAGAUUUUAUAUUUUGUAUCACCUGACUGACUUUGUUUGGUAGAAUACGACAGGUACUUUUUUAUGUUGUUAUUUAAACCACCUGGGCUGUCUGUCAAUAGUGGCGUUCUGGACAGGAAAAAAGCCUGUACCUUUAUACUUUUUAUAGUAUCGUGUUUUAAGUGUUAUUGCUGCUGGUGUUCAGUCAAACAUCACUUUGCACUUUGCUCUUGACUGUUGCCACACCAGUUUGACACGUCCUGUCAGACCUGUGACUGCUAAUAAGAGAAGCUCGUCACACAGUGAACACAUGACCGCUACGUCUGUGAUCAAGUGGGAAAGCCAUUCAAACUGAUAACAAGUUUGUCGUGUGCUCAAUCAGCACUGAUGUUUUGAUACUGUGUCCUCAUUUUAUGCUGAAAAUGAAUUCAAAGGGGAUUAUUGUUCAUAUGUUGCCGCUUUCUUAAUGAAACUUUUAUAUUUUUUACUUUCAGUAUUUUCCAAUUGUGUUUACUUUGGAUCGUUAGACUGUUGUGAUGACAUAUAAGGUAAAAGAAAGCGCCAGUUCAGAGUUCAGGAGUUCUGGGACUAAACAUAUACUGUCCAUGCACUAAAUACCUUCAGCUGAUCCUGUCAUGUGGUUCUACAGUGCAGCUAUGGAUGUUAUUUUGCAUGUGUUUCCUGUGAAUUAGGCUACUAACUUAAUUAGUUUCCUCAGUGCAAUCACUAAAUUAAAUUUCAGGCAGGUUCAUUCCAUGGCUUGGAGCAGUGGUUGCCGACCUUUUUUUUUGUUUGUUUGUUUAUGGCAGAACAAGCAUGCGUGUGACUUUUAAGGAGUUCAACCAAGGUGACUUUUCCUUCUCAGAUUGUUUAACCAAUCACUGAAAUAGUAAAACUGUGUCAGCGCAUGGGAAGGUAAUUAAAUACACUGAUAUGCUUCCCACAUGCUGACGGAGAAAGCACCUGAUGUCCUACAUGCUGGGAAAAAUGGUCAAAGUUUUAUGUCAUACUGUUUAAUAUUGGCCCAAGUUAAAGACCAAUAUUACACUUGAGUAUCACCUGACGUACUUCACUGGCCAGCACUUCUGAGGCUUCUCUUUGUCUUCAGUGUAUGAUUAGUAGAUGGUCUUAACAUGCAAAACUCCCAAGAGAAAAUUCUGUUCCUGUAAUGUGUAAGGAGACUGAAUGGGAAUUGCAUCAAUAUGCGUUAACUUGUUCACUACAGAUACUGUAAGACUUUGUAUCAAAAUCACUUUGUACUGUUUAGUUUAUGACAUAAUGUACUGCACAGUCGGUGUAGAGCCAAAUAAAGAGACACUUGUUUUUUAAGCAAACAGUUUGAGUGUUUAUUACAGAUCCAAAACUUCCUGCUUUAGUAUACAAAGUGCUUUCCAGGCGUCUCCCCACUUAAUUUUUUCACAGUCUUUACAGCGUUGUAUCCAUUCAACGAAGUCUCGUGAAUAUAACAACGUCAUUUGUGCUAGAGCGUUUUGGACAUGGUUUCUUGACUCUGCUGUUUAAGUCACGAGUCCUGAUGUAAAGAUAAGAAACCCAACCACAACUAACAGAGAAGUUUCCAUAUUUCUGACAUGUGGUGUUCAUCACAGUUUCACCUCGUAGUUCAAGUUUGUUUACUCUUCAGUCCAGCAGAGGUUAGGGUGCAAUACACUGUCCCGGCAUUUAAACUCUACAAAUCCAACUGAAGACAGGCAAACGUGUCAAUGGAAAAAUGCUAAGCUAGAUGAGCACCUAAAGUGGAGCCAGGAAUAACUGAUCCAUCAGUUUUGUUUUUAGUAUCGUAAACCAAGACACAUUCAGGAGUUUGGAAAGUAUUCCGAUUCCUUUGUUAUUAUAGAUUAGCCAACAUUUUUGCUUUGACAUUAUUAUUUGUAAAUUUAUGGUUAAAAAAACAAAGUAAUUCACCUUGUAUCCAUGUAUAAUAUAAUAAAGCAAAAAGCAAAGGUGUCUGAAUACUCUCCAAACUCACUGGGGCUUUGUCUAAAAUGAACAUCAGAGGCCUUGCAUUGCAUGUAUUGUAGUUUCUGUUCCCCCAGUGUGGCCACCUGUGCCCACUGAUGAUCACUGCUAAGAAAACAUCCGCUCUCUGUGUAGUGGUUACUGAAGUAAAGCAAUGCAUGAAGCAUGAUGCUCCUCAACUGCAGCUUGCUUACAAUAUUCUGUUGGACGCAAUUCACAUAUCAACAUAUUAAAACCAGUUUUUGAUGCUACAACAUAAAG